AUGGCUCUUAUGCAUGUGAGCAGCUCCGCAGAAGGCAGCGAGCCUAUUCACAUGUUUAAAUUCCGUGUGAAACUGUCAUACACUAGCGCCAAGCAUCCAAACUUCGAUCUCGUUACCAUUGGUGGGAUCUCCAUUAUCCUGCACUUUGAGCGGGCUCCCUUCAUCACCCAGGAACAUACGCUGUGGCUGCCAUGGGAUCGCUUCUUUGUGAUGGAAACCAUAGUCAUGAGGCACGAAGAGAACGAGAUCCCAAGCUGCGACCUCAGUAACUUCGCUCGGCCCAACCCUGUGGUCUCCCCAUCUCCUCUGACAGCUUUUGCAAGUUCCUGCUCGGAGAAGGGUCCUAUCGUUCCUGAAAUCCAGGCUCUACAGGAGGAGAUUAAUGUUUCCGGUAGUAAAAUAAAAGUGAGUUACCUGAGCAGUCGCACAGCUGGCUACAAAUCAGUCCUGAGGAUCAGCAUGACCCACCCCACCAUCCCCUUCAACCUCAUGAAAGUCCACCUCAUGGUGGCUGUCGAGGGACGCCUCUUCAGAAAGUGGUUUGCAGCUGCUCCAGAUCUGUCCUAUUAUUUCAUCUGGGAUAAGACAGACGUCUACAGCCAGAAGGUGUAUGGGCUCUCAGAAGCCUUCGUUUCGGUAGGUUAUGAGUAUGAAUCUUGUCCUGACUUGAUCCUGUGGGAGAAGAGGACAGCUGUGCUUCAGGGUUAUGAAAUUGAUGCUUCCAAACUUGGAGGAUGGUCCCUGGACAAACAUCAUGCCCUCAACAUACAAAGUGGCAUCUUGCAUAAAGGAAAUGGGGAAAACCAGUUUAUUUCCCAGCAGCCGCCUGUAAUCGGAAGCAUUAUGGGCAACGGCCGCAGACGCAGCAUUUCUUGUCCAAGCUGCAAUGGUCUUGCAGAUGGGAACAAACUCCUGGCUCCCGUUGCCCUGACAUGUGGGUCUGAUGGAAGUCUUUAUGUUGGAGAUUUCAACUACAUCCGAAGGAUCUUUCCCUCUGGCAACGUCACCAACAUACUGGAGCUGAGAAAUAAAGAUUUCAGACAUAGCCACAGCCCAGCUCAUAAGUAUUACUUGACCACAGAUCCAAUCACCGGCUCCAUCUACCUCUCCGACACCAACAGCCGACGUAUCUAUAAAAUCAAGUCAACCACAUCAGUGAAAGACAUUGUGAAGAAUUCAGAGGUCUUGGCUGGAACUGGGGAUCAGUGCCUCCCGUUCGACGAUACCCGCUGCGGAGAUGGAGGCAAAGGCACUGAUGCUACCCUUACAAAUCCCAGGGGCAUCACUGUGGACAAGUUUGGGCUGAUUUACUUUGUGGAUGGCACUAUGAUCAGGCGGAUUGACCAAAAUGGGAUCAUUUCAACUGUGUUGGGUUCCAAUGACUUAACAUCUGCUCGACCGCUCAGCUGUGACUCUGUCAUGGACAUUUCUCAGGUUCGUCUAGAAUGGCCCACGGACCUGGCGGUCAAUCCGAUGGAUAAUUCGCUGUAUGUGCUCGACAAUAACGUUGUGUUACAGAUAUCUGAGAACCACCAAGUGCGCAUCGUGGCAGGGAGGCCCAUGCAUUGCCAGGUGCCGGGCAUGGAUCACUUUCUCCUUAGCAAGGUGGCAAUCCACGCCACCCUGGAGUCUGCUACCGCCCUGGCCGUCUCACAUAACGGGGUCCUGUAUAUUGCUGAGACCGAUGAGAAAAAGAUCAACCGCAUCAGGCAGGUCACCACCAAUGGAGAGAUUUCUCUCGUUGCCGGUGCACCAAGCAGCUGUGACUGCAAGAACGAUGCUAACUGUGACUGCUUCUCAGGGGAUGAUGGCUAUGCCAAGGAUGCCAAACUCAACGCACCGUCCUCCCUUGCAGUGUGUGCAGAUGGGGAGCUGUAUGUCGCUGAUCUUGGAAAUAUCCGAAUCCGCUUUAUUCGGAAAAACAAACCAUUCCUCAACACACAAAACUUAUAUGAGUUAUCCUCACCCAUAGACCAGGAACUCUACUUGUUUGACACCAGUGGUAAGCACCUUUAUACUCAGAGUCUUACCACUGGAGAUUAUCUUUACAAUUUUACUUAUUCCGGAGAUGGAGAUAUAACCCUGAUCACUGACAAUAAUGGCAACUUAGUGAAUAUCCGAAGAGAUUCCACGGGCAUGCCCCUCUGGCUGGUAGUGCCCGAUGGCCAAGUCUACUGGGUGACAAUUGGUACCAACAGUGCACUCAAGAGUGUAACAACACAAGGGCAUGAAGUGGCCAUGAUGACGUACCACGGCAACUCCGGUCUCCUUGCCACCAAAAGCAAUGAAAAUGGUUGGACAACGUUUUAUGAGUACGACAGCUUUGGGCGCCUGACCAACGUGACCUUCCCUACUGGCCAAGUGAGCAGCUUCCGCAGUGACACUGACAGCUCCGUGCAUGUCCAGGUGGAAACCUCCAGCAAGGAUGAUGUUACGAUAACAACCAAUUUGUCGGCAUCGGGAGCCUUCUACACUCUGCUCCAAGACCAAGUCCGAAACAGCUACUACAUUGGUGCUGAUGGCUCUCUCAGACUGAUGCUCGCUAACGGCAUGGAGGUGGCCCUGCAAACCGAGCCGCAUCUGCUGGCUGGCACCGUCAACCCCACAGUGGGGAAGAGGAAUGUCACCUUGCCCAUUGACAACGGCCUCAAUCUCGUGGAGUGGAGGCAGAGGAAGGAGCAAGCAAGAGGGCAGGUCACCGUCUUUGGACGUCGGCUGAGGGUUCACAACAGAAACCUGCUGUCCCUUGACUUUGAUCGUGUGACAAGGACAGAGAAAAUCUAUGAUGACCACCGCAAGUUCACGCUCCGCAUCCUCUAUGACCAGGCAGGGAGACCCAGUCUCUGGUCGCCCAGCAGCAGACUGAACGGGGUCAACGUCACCUAUUCUCCAGGUGGACACAUUGCAGGGAUUCAGAGGGGCACGAUGUCAGAAAGGAUGGAGUAUGACCAGUCUGGCAGAAUUACAUCCAGGAUCUUUGCCGAUGGCAAAUCAUGGAGCUACACUUACUUGGAGAAG